UAAAACCCUAAAAAGAGGAAUGAGGUAAGUAAGUCGCAGAAGCAGUAUCUAGAGUCUUCUUCUCCUUGUUGGUCUAUUAAGAGUCACCCACUCUUCUCUCCAUAGAUCUCACUCCGAACUAUCUCGUCCUUAACGUUCGUCUUCUUCCUCCUCAGUCACCACCAUGUUUCGCUUCGUUUCUAAUCUCGCCUCCAAGGCUAGGAUUGCAAGUAACACACGACAGGUAUCCAGCAGAAUGAGCUGGAGCAGGAACUAUGCAGCGAAAGAGAUUAAAUUUGGUGUUGAAGCUCGUGCUUUGAUGCUUAAGGGUGUUGAAGAGCUUGCUGAUGCUGUUAGGGUCACUAUGGGUCCCAAGGGACGUAAUGUUGUGAUCGAGCAAAGUUGGGGUGCUCCUAAAGUGACUAAAGAUGGUGUCACCGUUGCUAAAAGCAUUGAGUUCAAGGAUAAAGUCAAGAACGUUGGUGCCAGUCUUGUCAAACAAGUUGCUAAUGCUACUAAUGACGUUGCUGGUGAUGGUACUACUUGUGCUACUGUACUCACCAGGGCGAUAUUCACCGAAGGUUGCAAAUCAGUUGCCGCAGGAAUGAACGCCAUGGACCUCAGGCGAGGUAUUUCCAUGGCAGUUGACGCUGUGGUGACUAACCUUAAAAGCAGGGCUAGGAUGAUCAGCACAUCUGAAGAGAUUGCUCAGGUUGGGACCAUUUCUGCUAACGGAGAGAGGGAGAUUGGUGAGCUGAUCGCUAAGGCUAUGGAGAGAGUUGGCAAAGAAGGUGUAAUCACAAUCCAAGACGGAAAGACAUUGAUUAACGAGUUAGAGGUUGUAGAAGGGAUGAAGUUGGACAGAGGUUACACAUCCCCUUACUUUAUUACCAAUCAGAAAACCCAAAAAUGUGAACUCGAAGAGCCUCUCAUUCUUAUCCAUGAGAAGAAGAUCUCCUCCAUCAACUCCAUAGUGAAAGUGUUAGAGUUGGCGAUGAAGAGACAAAGACCGCUAUUGAUUGUUUCUGAAGAUGUGGAAAGUGAAGCUCUUGCAACUCUUAUCCUUAACAAGCUACGUGCUGGAAUCAAGGUUUGUGCCAUUAAGGCCCCUGGCUUUGGAGAGAACAGAAAGGCCAAUUUGCAAGAUCUUGCUGCCCUUACUGGUGGUGAGGUUAUCACGGAUGAGCUCGGCAUGAAUCUGGAGAAGGUGGACUUGAGCAUGCUAGGGACCUGCAAAAGAGUUACUGUCUCCAAGGACGACACUGUUAUUCUUGAUGGAGCUGGCGAUAAGGCAGCCAUUGAGGAAAGAUGUGAGCAGAUAAGGUCAGCGAUUGAACUGAGCACUUCAGAUUAUGACAAGGAGAAACUGCAAGAAAGGUUGGCUAAGCUCUCUGGAGGAGUUGCAGUUUUGAAGAUUGGAGGAGCAAGUGAAGCCGAAGUUGGUGAGAAGAAAGACAGAGUGACAGAUGCUUUGAAUGCUACCAAAGCAGCUGUUGAAGAGGGUAUUUUGCCAGGAGGAGGUGUGGCUCUUCUAUAUGCAGCGAGGGAGUUGGAGAAACUCUCAACGGCUAACUUCGACCAGAAGAUUGGUGUGCAGAUCAUUCAGAACGCUUUGAAGACCCCUGUGCACACAAUUGCUUCAAAUGCUGGAGUGGAAGGUGCUGUUAUUGUAGGCAAACUCUUGGAGCAAGAUAACACAGACCUUGGUUAUGAUGCUGCUAAAGGUGAAUAUGUGGAUAUGGUGAAAGCUGGAAUCAUAGAUCCUCUAAAAGUAAUCAGGACCGCUUUGGUUGACGCUGCGAGUGUGUCAUCUCUGUUGACAACAACUGAAGCAGUAGUGGUGGAGCUUCCCAAAGACGAAAGCGAGGCAGCUGGAGCAGGCAUGGGUGGAAUGGGAGGCAUGGAUUAUUAAUUACAUCACUGAACUAUUUUUAUGUUUUGGCACAAAUCAUCACGUUAACGUGAUACUUGUAUGAGUCUUUUGCCUUUGUUGCUCAAUAACAAUAAAUAGCACAUUUGGCAAAU